AUGGCUAUUCAUGGAAAAAAUGAAUUUAGUAGGACAUGUGGCUCCAACGGAAAAAGAAAAAAAAUGAAAGCUUAUCUCAAGGGACUGCCCGCAGAUAUGAUGGUUAUGGUUAGGAACUCUAGGGCCUCCACCCUUAGGGAGGCAAUUGAAGAAGCGAAAGUCAUGGAAACGGUUUAUGCUCAAGGAAGAGAAGAGAAGGGGACAAGUGGUGAGAAGAGGAAGUGGGAAAAUCAUUACGCACCUUCCAAGAGACCAAGUCAUCUCAAUAACAGCAAUCAGGGAGUUUACCCGAGACAAGAGGCUAAGUGGUGCUCCAAAUGCCGCGCUAAACACCACGGCCCAUGCACCACCAACCCUACUCCUGCAAAAUGUUUUAAAUGUGGGAAGCCAGGACACACGCGAAAUGAAUGUCCUAUCAAAGGACCCAUCUGCUUUGGAUGCGGGGAGCCGGGUCACUUCAGAAAUGACUGUCCGAAGAUGAAGGCGGGAGGGGGCCAGGGAAGGAAAGAAAAUACCCCAAAGACAACCGGCCGAGCCUUCCAGAUGACUAUGGAGGAAGCCAAGGCAUCGUCGAAUGUUGUGUCGGGUACGUUCCUCGUUGAUUCCAUACUUGCUCACGUACUUUUCGAUUCAGGUGCUUCAUGUUCUUUUGUGUCUACAACAUUCUACCAACUCUUGCAUACGCCCCCUAGUACUCUAGAAGAUGCCUUGAUCAUUGAGUUAGCAAACGGUAGUAGGGUUCUGGUGGGCGAGGUUGUUAAGGGUUGCGUGUUGGGAAUCGAAGGAAAGGAAUUUCAGGUGGACCUUAUACCCAUGACUAUCGGCGGAUUCAACAUCAUUAUUGGAAUGGACUGGUUAGCAAAGAACCAAGCGGAAAUCUUAUGUUCUAAGAAAUUAAUUCGAAUUCCUUUGCCGGACGAGGGUGCAGUGCUAGUUUAUGGAGAAAGAAAGAAGGGAGACGUAAUACUCCUAUCUGUGGCAAAGGCGCGCAAAUGCUUAGCUAAGGGGUGUCCCUCAUUCAUUGCAUACGUGUUGGAUGCCAAACUAGGAAAAAAGAGGAUUGAGGAUGUGAAUGUGGUCAACGAGUUUCUUGAUGUAUUUCCGGAAGACCUACCCGGUUUGCCACCCGUUAGACAAGUGGAGUUUCGAAUCGAUCUUAUUCCGGGAACUGCUCUGCUUGCUAGAGCCCCUUACCGAUUAGCUCCUUCUGAAAUGCAAGAGUUGAUGUCUCAAUUGAAGGACCUUCUUGUGAAAGGAUUCGUCAGACCGAGUUUGUCACCUUGGGGAGCUCCGGGGGCCAGUUGUUUCUCUAAGAUCGAUCUUCGUUCAGGAUAUCACCAGGUGCGUGUGAAAAAAGAUGAUGUGGCAAAGACAGCUUUUAGAACACGAUACGGACACUACGAAUUUUUAGUCAUGCCUUUCGGUUUGACAAAUGCGCCAGCGGUAUUCAUGGACUUGAUGAACCGAGUGUACCGACCAUUCCUUGACAAGUCGAUAAUAGUGUUCAUUGAUGACAUUCUCAUUUAUUCCAAGGACGAAUCGGAUCAUGAGCAACAUCUUCAGGAAGUUCUCGAAAUGUUAAGAAGGGAGAAAUUGUAUGCAAAAUUCUCCAAGUGUGAUUUUUGGUUAAAGGAGGUUCAAUUCUUAGGUCACAUAGUCACUCGUGACGGGGUGAAAGUGGACCCAUCCAAGAUCGAUGCGAUGAUGAAUUGGGAACUACCAAAGAGUCCAUCAGAAAUCCGAAGCUUCUUGGGUUUGGCGGGUUAUUACAGAAGAUUUAUUCAUGAUUUCUCCAAGGUUGCUUCUUCCUUAACAGCUUUGACUAGGAAGAAUGUGAAGUUUAUCUGGACUGAGAGACAGGAGCAUGCCUUCAGAACCCUCCAGAAGAAAUUAUGUGAAGCACCAAUUCUCUCCUUGCCAAAGGGGUCUAUAGCGACGCAUCGAAAAUGGGAUUGA